AUGUUCUCACCGGAGGAUCGAAUUCAUUUUUAUCUGCAAACAGCGCUAACAAUUAUUCUACGAUUGCAAAUAGUAGAGGAUUUAACUGCAGAAGACCGCUCGUUAACACAAGCAAUAAAUCGGCAAAAGCUAAACAAAAUUUUGACGAUGUGUCUCAUGGCGAUCGAAAUCUAUCCGGAAAACAUCUUUGCUAAGUAUUUUCUUUUCUGUCCAAAAAGCAUUCUUUCAAAAGUAGCCACUGUAGAGUUGGCACGCAUGGAUGGUAAUUCCGAAAAAUACACAGGAGCGCUUGGAAAGCUGCAAGAGUACGCUUAUAAAUGGAUGGAAAGAGUUAAAAAUGAGAAACUUUUCGCAUUCGCCGCCUGGGGUUACCUCUGCGGCUGCCGGCGCGCAAUAUCAGCACUGUUUCACGCUACGCUGAAAUACUUGUUUACACUGAGCCCUGGCAGUCACAGCCUAAUACAGUUCAUUGAAUAA